AUAUGUAUAUGUAUAUAUUUAAUUAUUCAUAUAAUAACGGAAAUAAUAGAAUAGCUGAAUAUUUACCAAGGCGGAAAUCAACCAAUACUUCAGCAAAAUAACAAAGCAAUAUACCGUUUUGCAAAACAACUACAAGAAUAAUAUUAUCAAGUAAUUCUAGCAGAAUCUACAAGCUAAUUGAGUAAAGCACAAUUAAUUACCGAUUCCGGAAAGAUACAAAUUCAUGCUUUAUUCUUGAAACAUUGGAUAAGUGAACAGCAAGCAGCAACAUACAAUAAAAGAACAUUUAAUGAACGGAAACGAAAUUUGGAAAAUAUACAAACUAGCAGAAAAUCAAUUUCCAUCCACAUAAAACCAAUAAAUAUCACUGGCCUCCUCUAAUAGAAACAUUAUCCGAACUAAAAUAAGCCGAUUUAGCAUUACCCGUGGUGGAACUAAACAGAAAACAAAAUGGCCACCGUAAACGUUAACCGCAGUGUGACUGACAUCUUUUAUCGUUAUAAGAUGCCACGUCUGCAGGCAAAGGUCGAAGGCAAGGGAAACGGCAUUAAGACCGUUCUUGUUAAUAUGGCUGAAGUUGCUCGGGCCAUCGGACGUCCGGCUACUUAUCCAACUAAAUAUUUUGGCUGCGAGUUGGGGGCCCAAACUCUGUUCGAUCAUAAGAAUGAGCGCUUUGUUGUAAAUGGAUCGCAUGAUGUCAACAAGUUGCAAGAUUUGUUAGAUGGCUUUAUUCGCAAGUUUGUUUUAUGCCCUGAAUGCGACAAUCCGGAGACCAAUUUGACUGUAUCUGCAAAAAAUCAGACCAUUUCGCAGUCAUGCAAGGCUUGUGGCUUCCACGGUUUGCUGAAAGUCAACCAUAAAGUGAACACCUUCAUUGUGAAAAACCCUCCAUCGCUUAAUCCGGCUGCCCAGGGAUCGUCACUAACGGAGGGAAAGCGUUCCAGGAAGCAAAAGCAAAAGAACGAUAACGCUGAUGGCUCCAUGACCAACAACUCUUUAGCCAAUAACUCUGGUGGAGAAUCUGACGGCGGAACUAAUCAGGCUAGCCAAACUGAGGCAGAAAUUAGCGCUGCAAUUCCAGAGAAAACGGCUAAAGAUGACGACGAUGAGGGAUGGAGCGUCGAUGUUUCGAAGGAGGCUAUACGUGCUCGUUUGCAAGAUCUGACAGAUGGUGCUAAGGGUAUGACUAUAUCUGACGACUAUGAUAAAACUGAAAAGGAGCGCAUCGAUAUUUUCUAUGAGUUGGUUAAGGACAAGCGGGACAAGAAGCAAUUGGAUGAUGUGCCAGUUCAUAAGGAACUGCUGAUUGAAGCGGAACGUUUGGAUAUUAUUAACAAGGCUCCGUUGGUCCUCGCUGAGUUGCUUUUCACUGACAAUAUUAUCAGGGAUGCUCAGAAGAACCGCCCUUUGCUUCUUCGUUUCACUCACAAUAAUCCUAAAGCACAGCGUUAUUUAAUUGGUGGAGUUGAACAAACUAUCGAGCUACAUAAAAGCACACUUAUGAGCAAAGUCGCUGGAAUAUUUAAAGUAUUUUACGAUUUAGACAUACUCGAUGAAUCCGUCAUCCUAGAGUGGGCGCAGAAAGUCAGCAAGAGACAUGUCUCCAAAAAUAUUGCGGCUGAGAUACACGAGAAAGUUAUGCCGUUCGUUCAGUGGCUUAAAAAUGCUGAAGAAGAAUCAUCUGAUAGCGAAUCAGAAAAAGCAGAAAUAGGCGAUGAAUCUGAAGAGGAACAACAAGAUGAAAUUAGAAAUGAGCAUACAAGACAACCCAUUCCUAAAGACAAUGCUUUUGAUGGAGAAGAACUAGAUCUGAAUAUCGAUGAAAUUUAAAAUCUGCAACUUCUUUCUGCGAUCAGUAACAUUUUUUGAAAUGGAAAUUCAAUCAAGCGAAAUCUACAAAUUCAAAUUGAAAUAUAAAUUAGCGAGUUAAAUCAAUAAAUGGUUUUUUGAUCUUUAGUUUCUAAGAGUGCUCAUCGUAAAAAUCAAACAGUUCGAGUUGCUUUAUUUUGAUCUAUCGCUUUACUACCAUUGAAUUGUUAGCAUUACGUUAGCCAAGCCGCUGUAACAAUAGACGAUAACUGAAUUACACCAAUACAUAUACAAUAAUAAAGUCAACAAAUACGAAAGCA